AUGAAGGUAGUGGUGAACUGUGAGGACUUGAAAUUUGAGGUCCAAUGUGGAGCCGGCAAGCAGCAUAUGAGAUGGCUUGCGUUGGUGGCGGCAACACGGAUGCAGCGGCUAAAGUACCCGCAUGCCUUUCGUGUUCCACAAAGAGUUCUAAACAGUGAGGGCACGACUUUGAAGCCACGGCAAGUGAUUUGCUCCACUUUGGAGGACAGUGAGGAGGUCAUCAUUGAGCUCAGACAAGGUGCUGCUAUUCCAGAGGAAGAUGUGGAUGCAGCAGAGUGGUCUGAAGAAGCAUAUGGACCCCAAGCAAAUCUGAUGGAUUGCAAAUUCAGAUGGAAGGUUGGUGGUGCUCAGGAAUUCCCAAAAUAUGUCCGAGGCGACUACAUUGUGGCACCUCGAUGGCAAGGUGUUUACCCUCAGAAGGACUAUGGCGGACCCUUUGAGAUUCAGGUUGUGCCAGUGGAUGUUGGCCCAGACCAAGUGGAUUGGAUUGCUUCCAGAAAAGCACCACCAGGCAGUUGCACCUACAAGUUUGUGAUGGAAAGCGACUAUGAAUCCAUUUGCAAGGCAGAUCCAGAAACUCUCACAGCUGAUGGCCUUGCACACUACACUGAGUUCCACUGGGACGUGCCAAUUGCUCCAGAACCAUACCCGGAGAUUGACAGCCGACCCUCAACGGCAUCGUCCAGGGAUGGCGCACAGGUAGACCCACGCUUUGAGCAGGACUGGGAAGCCCUACUUUUGAAGUGGGUAGAAUCUUUCAUGAAGGUUCGUGUCAAGGAUGUGCUGGCAGAAUUCUUUGCGAUUCUCAUUGAUCUUUUUGACUCUUAUGCCUUCAUGGGCUUGGACCUUUCUGCCAGCCAACACACCAUUGGAAUGGAUGACUGGAAGCACCUGGUCAUCAACUGCGGACUGCUGAACGGCCAGCCUGAAGGGAAUCUGGACUGGCAGCAGGUUUGCACUUGGUUUGAGGAGGCAGCGGGCGUUCGAGAUGGAAGGCCCUACUUGGCCCAGCGACUGACUCGAGCUCAUUACCUGGAGUUGCUGAUGCGCACAGCCUCUUGGACGAUGUGCGAGCAUCCAAGGGAGCAAUAUGUCCCGGAGAAGGGGAGGCCUCCCAUGCCUUUGGAUGAAGGCUUGUUUCGCUUCAUCACAGACAUCUUGAUUCCAGUGAUGGACAUUUACGAUGAUGAUCCAAUUCGAAAAGAUGCAGUUCAGCAUGAAAACCUGGUGGUGAUCCAGGAGAAUCGUCGCUCCAUUCGCUCAAUCUACUCCUUUUUGGCUCAACCAUGGCCACAUUACCAGGGUGAGCGCGUUCUGAUUCCAGGAACUCUCAGAUAUGUUCUGGAAUAUGCUCUUGCCAAGCUGUUGGAAGCUGAGGAAGCUCCACCGCCUCCGCCAGAAGAAGGAGAGCCGACUGUGAAGGCAGCAACCAUUGACAUGGGCGCCGUGUUUGGAGGAGAGGAGAGGUUGAACAUCCAGCAGCUCGAAGUGAUUUUGGAGACCUUUGACUCUCAUGUCAGCAAGAUCACUGCAAACCAUCCGGAAGAAGCUGAGCAACGUGCCCUGCUCUUCUGGGAGUUCUUUGAAGUGCUCAUGGAGUCAUGUCGCAGUCUCACUUUAGGGACUGACACUCCGCUUGAGAAAGCCAUCCCAGCCUAUGUGCAGACGAUGUUAGCCUUCAUGGGCCUUGUGGACCGUGAAGAAGCGUCACUUCCACAGCUAGCCGGCUCGGAGCAUCCCGAAGAUGAGUUGUUGGCUGACGUGGACGAGGAAGUGAAGAGACGGCAACAGAUGUUGCAGGCGCUCCAGGCAGAGGAGAAGCUCGAUGCCUUGACUCUGACAGUGAGAGCAGAGGUGGGCGAUCUCUGGGACCUCAGAUGGACGCUUGCUGCGCCUUGCUGCGCUUUGCGACGCUUAGCGCUGAGCUCCAGGAGUCCAAGGAGGGUGAACCGAUCGGCCUCAAAGCCCCGAGAGAAGUCUCGCAGAGAGGGGACCAAACACUUGAAGACUUCAGAGAAGAACGGGAGGGAAGAGAAAGAAGAGAAGGAGAAAGACGAGAAGAAAAACGAGAAAAAGAAAAAAGUCGAAACAAAGGAUACAGAAGAGGAGCAAAGUGAUCAGGCAAAAGAUGCCGCGAACGUCACAGGCUCCACAAGCUCAGCUUUGAAGAAAAUGGACUUCCGCGAGUUCAUUCUGCAGCAUUUCGAAGGAACACCCGAGGAAGCUGUAGCAGCAUUUCAAGCCUACUGUCAGAAGAUGACAGAAGAAGAAGGAAAGACUGAGUUUGAGAUUCUGAAGAACACAGGCCUAUGCUUCGACCUUUAUCACCCUCUCGGGCGGCUGCGAUCCUACGACUGGUCCAGGAGCAUGGCAUGUGAGAGAGCCAAGAACUUCUUGAUGGAGGUCACGUGCCCGGUGGCACAUUUGGAGCCUCCCGAGUUUGCCUUCGAUGCGAACGUAGGGACGCUGAUGAUCAGUGGACUACCGCCAGCAAUGAGUGCCUGGGAUGUGGUGGAAGCUCUUCAGGACUUGAGUGGUUUUACUUCAGCAGCCUGGACCCCUCCGUCACCGCAGAAGCUGAGUCGCAGCUUCUAUGCUCACUUCAAGAGCGCCAAAGAAGCUCAUGCAGCUUUGCUGGCUUUGCUUGCCGAUCCAGACCUUUUGAGGAAAGGACUUACCACAGGCACAGCUAGGGUGAUUGAGCGCAUGGAUGAAUUGCACGGUGUGUCCAAGGAGAUCACAUCAAGCCUUUUGGAUUUCUGUGGAAACACAGAGCUUAAGUUGGAUCUUCAGGUGCUGUACCUACGCCGUGUUCACCACUUUUGCUUCUACUCGGGAAAAUGGUGCAGAGAUGAGUGGACUUUGCGAAUCCUUUGUGGAGCCGCAACUGUGCGAGAGCCGUAUCGACAGGAUGACACCGACAUGGAGAUCUGGGACUUCUUGGACACAGUGUCUCUGACGCGGCCUACUGUUCUGCGCUACGAUGAUGUCCAAAUCAAAGAACGCUUUGACGAAGUUUGUCGUGAGAAGAUUAUCACUGUGUCGGAUCAGAAAUUCCAAUGCAAAGACUGCCGCAAGUCCUUCAAGGGCUGUGAGUACGUGAGGAAUCAUUUGCUUCGCAUGCACACAGACAUUUUGCAGGGAAUUCGAGAGGAGUUCCACCAGAACAUGGCCAGAAAGGAAUUUCUCGCUGAUCCAGAACGUCCGCCUCUAGGUGCUUUGCGUCAUUGA